GUACGAUUAAGAUUUGGGGGUGCUUUUACUUUUAGAAUCGAAAAACAGAGUAAACUUCUCCUGUCCACUCUUACGUAAAUCUUCAACUUUGAUGAGAGAUGAAGAAACCCAUCAUCCAAGAUCCAUCUACAGAUGUCAAAAUUCACCCUAAUAACCUCAAAUUGUUCAACAAAAAAGAUGAAAAAGAUAGCUUUUUAAAGCUCUCGUUGCCUUUAUUCAUCACAUUUUGGCUCCCUUUUAUGAUUUCAUUCUCUACAUUUGGCCUCAAUCACGGCAAUGGAGGGAAUGUAGGUGUUUUUAGCAAGAACUUCACCAACUUGAGCUCAUAUCCAUACCUCGAAGAUCAAGGUCGAAAUCAUACAGAUAGGGUUCUUUUAGAGUUCAAUAUCUCUAGGGUUCAUAACGAUUCAACGUCUUACGAGGAAGAAACCGAUGGUAAUCCUCUUGAAGAAACAACUUCAGCAGACGAAGUAUUCUGGAAAGUUUUAGGUUAUUCCUCAUUCGUCUGUGAACGACAAAUUCAAGACCUUUAUCUCGAAAACAGACAAGAAGAGGUCAAAUCAAGCCGAACCCAUCUAACAUAUCGUGAUUUGAAAGAGGUCACCGGUGCACCAAGCGGGUUAACCAACAUCACCCACCGGCUGGAGCCCGAUGGAACCAAGUACAACUACGCGGCGGCGUCAAAGGGCGCGAAGGUGGUGGCGCACGAUAAGGAAGCGAAAGGUGCAAGCAACAUUUUGGGGGAAGAUCACGAUAUGUAUUUGAGAAACCCGUGUUCUGUUCCUGAGAAAUUCGUCGUCAUCGAGCUUGCAGAGGAGACUUUAAUUGAUGCAAUUACGAUCGCGAAUUUUGAACACCAUUCUUCGAAUUUUAAGAAAUUUGAAUUGGCGGGAAGUUUGGUUUUUCCGGCGGAAUCGUGGUAUGAGCUCGGAACUUUUGAGGCGGAAAACGUGAAACAUAAACAAUACUUUAAAUUACCUGAACCCAAAUGGGCGAGAUAUGUUAUGUUGCGAUUGAUUACUCAUUAUGGGUCGGAAUUUUACUGCACGCUUAGUGUUUUUCAAGCAUUUGGAGUCGAUGCGAUUGAGAAGAUGCUUGAAGAUCUGAUCAUGGCGUCACCGGAAUCGAUGGAGAGAAAGUUAUCAAACCCUAAUCUGAAAACCGAUGGUGAAUUGAAGAAUAUGAUCGAAGGUGUUGAUGAUGGACUGAAAGUUCCGGAAACGGUGGCGAAAGGUAAUGGGCGGAUUCAUGGUGAUGCGGUUCUCAAGAUUUUGAUGCAAAAAGUUCGAUUGUUGGAGAAUAACUUUUUGUUGUUGGAGGAGGAGAUUAACGGGGUGAACAUGAGACAUAGUGAUGUUGUUCCACAGCUUGAGAAAGAAAUCGCGAAAUAUUCGGGGCUUGUGGAGGAAACAAGAUCGGAAAUUGAGAAUCUUUUUCCAUGGAAAGAGAUUUUGGAGAAAGAAAUUGCGGAUUUGGAGUCGUGGAAGGCUUCAGUGUCAUUCCUUUUGGAAUCAGUAGUCAAAGAAAACAUCAUGCUUAGGCAAGAACUUGAGAAGGUUGUAAGUGAUGAAGAAAGCCUGGAUAAAACUGAGCAUGCUUUGUUGUCUGCAAGUGUUUCUUUCACCAUUGUUGUCACCUUAAAGAUUCUUUCAGAUCGAUUUUCAAACUCCUCCGAGGACUUACAUCACCGGAAAACACGCAAGGCAGAUUGGGGAUGGAAGUUUCUGAACGCUCCAGUCAAAAUCCUAGGGUUUGGAGUCUGGGCGGAGCACUCGAUUAGUCAAUUAAAGUUUGCUAUUGUGCGUAAAGCAGUGAUGGAUGUGGACAGAUUAGAGCUUGUAAAAGCUCAAUUGCAACCAUUUUUACGUCAAGGGGAGGAAUAUGUUCGUCGUGUUGAAGAAUUUGCUCGUGAGAUCCCUCCAAUUCAGAUCUAUAUUGCAGUCGGAGCCGUGUUCAUCACUACCUUUUUAAUCUACUUAAUACGCCUUUUCAAGCAUACAAUAUCCAACACCAUUGUACUCACAGGGCUUAGUGGAGGUGGGAAAACUGUUCUUUUUUACCAGCUUCGUGAUGGAUCUUCUCAUCAAGGCACUGUCACAUCAAUGGAACCCAAUGAGGGUCUUUUUGUCCUCAAUUCUGAGACCUCCAAGAAAGGCAAGAUUAAGGCAGUUCACCUUGUUGAUGUUCCUGGCCACUCACGUUUGCGCCCUAAAUUGGACGAAUAUGUCCCUCGAGCAGCUGGCUUAGUAUUUGUUGUGGAUGCUGUGGAAUUCUUGCCCAAUUGUCGUGCUGUUUCAGAGUAUCUCUAUGACAUUUUAACAAAAUCGAGUGUUGUCAAGAGGAAAAUUCCACUUCUUAUCCUUUGCAACAAGGUGGAUAAAGUCACUGCACAUACAAAAGAGUUCAUCCGAAAACAACUGGAGAAAGAAAUUGAUAAGCUUCGGACAUCAAGAAAAGCUGUAUCAGAUGCAGAUAUAUCUAAUGAAUUCACACUCGGAAUCCCAGGGGAACCCUUUUCAUUCUCUCACUGUGUAAACAAAGUCACUGUUGCUGAGGCUUCUGCAUUAACUGGCGAGAUUCAACCCUUGGAGCACUUCAUUAGGGAACGUGUCAAGCCUUGAUCUUUCACUCAAUUCCAUUCCAUUUGUCACAACGGAAUUAGAUAAAUAGCAACGGAAUCGGAAUUUGAAGAGAUGUUUCCCUUUCUUUUUUCUUUUCUUUUUUGGAAAUUGUUGUUUAGGACAUGUUAAUAUUCUAAAGACGUAAAUUUGCAUAUUGUGGGGUGUGUUUAACAAUUCUGA